CUGUGGUUGAAUCGACCCGCCGCUGUGGUCGAAUCAACUCGUGCGAGGUUGCAUUCACAUGUUCGAAUAGACUAGCUUCUGAAAGCACUUUCUGUUUCAAAAAUCAGCCAGCCAGUGUUGCAGGACAAAGUCUGCAUCAACUGUUCAAAUGAGGCAACGAAAGUGGAGUUCUUCUGUACGAAAAGUCUAAAAAAUAUAUAUCUAUAGGAAUGAAAAGAUGGCGUCUGUCGAGAAAACAGACGAACGUUCGCCGCAACCAGUCAUUGUGCAUUUAGAUAUGCCUCAGGAAGGAGCAAACAAUGAUGAGAUAAAAGAAGAAGCUCAAAUAACUGAAGCAGACAUUUUGAGCGAUUGCAAGCCAGUCAGCACGCCAAAUGUCAGUCAGGACAGUUUCCAACCUGAGACAUUUCCGCUGAAGCCAGAGUCUGUAUACAAUAUUGAUGAAGAGACACGAAUGGGACCUGACAUAGAGUCAGGGAACGGAGGGAUAGUUCAAAGCAGAACCAGGGAGAGGAUGUGCAGGGAAAGUGAUGUUUUGGCCAAGCCUAGCACUAAGAUUAUUCCAAAUAAUACACAACUGGAUGGGAUGGUCAGAAAAGAAAUUCUGAAAUUAGAUGAGAACUGUGCUGGUGCUAGAAUCAGUGUGCCUGUAACAAAUGCAGAUCUGCAGCCAGAUAAUUUGCUGGUCAAACAUGGUCUGCCUGUUUUACCCCUAAACUCAAGCAGCAUUUUAAAAAGUGAAGCUGACCUCUCUUCAGAUUGUGUAGCAAAGUUUGCAGCAAUUUCUCAAGAGCAUGAUAAGUAUUUUGCUGAUACUGAACAAAGCAGUGGGUCAUUUACAUUGUCUAAGCUUUCCAUUCCUACUACGGCUGCUAGUGGAACAAACAUAUCCUUCUCUGCUCUCUCUUUCAUUGCCUCAGAGUAUGCCGGAAGUGAAAAUUCAUCAUCUAGCCCAUCAGAAACUGCCUCCGUGCAGGAAGAAGGUGUCCUACCAGAGAAUGUAUUGACUUCAGCAUUUGAGACUGUAGAAAAUCCACAGCCCAUAUCAGGACAGGAGAUUCCAGCAGCACCCAUGAAAAUUUUGCAAGAUGAACUUGGCACAGGAAGCAUGUGUUUGGAAACUAGUGGUGAAAACUCAGGAACUGGUGGAAUUAAUGUGACUGAGAUAGUGGCCUGCAGUAAAGUGUCAGGAGAAGAGGCAGUUGGUGAACAGGAACUGUCAGGCUUUGAAAAACGUGUGGAUCUCAUAAAUACAGCCUCCUCUGCUCCGUACAAAACAUCUGAAAUGGAUGAUAAAGACUCCCACCCAGAACAGAUGGAUAUAGAAGAAGGAAAUUUAAAUUUAGGCUCCACUGGAACUGCCGGAGAAGCCAACUUGUAUCAAAAUUUCAGCAGCCAGAAAACCCCCUCAGAUUUUUCUCCAGACUCCAGACAGGUUGGGGUGCCAGAGGACUCUGUACUUAGUUUUCAAGGAGAAUUUUAUGACAGUGCAAGCAUGAGCAUCAGCAUGCCUAGAGAUCAGACAGAAAAUGGCCAGAACACAAAAGUGUCCGGGGGCUUGAUUCUGGGAGAAAGUGCAAGUAGUAGCUUUUUGUUGCCCACAGACAAAUCCCUUCUAGAAGGAGAUGAUUCUCUGUUCAGUGCUGUUGAAGAAUCAUCACUAGAUGGACAGCCUCGAUCAAAGAGAUCACGCCGAAGUAGCCUUAAUAGUCGCACAGACUUGGAUUCAAAAUUAGAAGAUGAAGAGGGAGUGCAAGGAUUUCCAGCAGAGAAGGUUUUUGAGUACCAAUGGCCACAGGAUGGCGGUGAAUGGUACCUUUUACAAGAACAGAUCAGCGAGUACCUUGGAGUCAAAUCUUUCAAGCGCAAGUACCCAGAUCUAAUGAGGCGUACCUGUGAUAAAUUAGAGAAGGACUUUCUAAGGGAAAAAGGAGUUGUCACUGAGACACAAAGUGAUCUUGGGCUGACAGCACUGAGGAGUGAUGAAGUGUAUGACCUAAUGAUGAAAGAUUACCCUGAGAAGUAUCAUGAAUAUGCAGCUGUUCUACAUGAGCGAGAAAAACAGACAAUUAGUGACAAACACAAGGAAUAUGAAGUAGUAAAGACUGGAAAAAGCAAAAUGGCAGACUACAUGAAAAAGGCAGCAAAGUCAGCAGCAGAAUAUAACAUCCACUUCCAGAGAGAACGCAGAGAAGAGCGAAAAGCUUACUUUGAUCUUCAAACAUUUUUGGUGCAGUAUCCUGAAGGCAGAUACAAGAAGCUUUUUCCAGAGCUGACAAAACCCAGUUCCUAUCCUGCUGCUCUUAUACCAGGCCAAUUCCAGGAGUACUACUGCAGCUAUACAGGUGAUGAGCUUCGGUACUUUCCACUGAACACAGCUCUUUAUGAUCCACCUAAGAAAAUCAAGAAUACACUUGCUCAGCCUUCUACCAGCGAGUCUUCAUCUGAUGAUAAUAGCGAGGACAAGAGUGGGUCAACCUCUGAAGAUGGCAGUCAGGACACAGGCAGCUGUGACUCUGAUGGAGUGACAACUUCUCAGCACAUGUCUUCAGCUCCAGCUACCCCAGCACCUCUUCCAUCUAUGCAGACACCAAGCAAAACGCCAGGCAAAAAGACAAAUAAGAAAGUGACUAAAAUUCGUACCAAGUGUAAGAAAAGUCUGGAAUCUGAAGCUGUUGAACCCAGUGAAGCUUCUGAAGCUACAGCAGUUGUGACAGAGUCCACUCAAGUUCAGACAGAAGACAGAGACUCGUGCCGUAUCUGUAAGAAUGCUGUUUACCAGGGCAGGAAUAAAAAGGUAGAAACCAAGAUGAUCAGAUGCUCAGAGUGUGGAAAAAUUGCACAUCCAAGCUGCUUAGACUUGACAGAGAAAAUGGUACAGGUAAUCAGCACUUAUCCAUGGCAGUGUAUGGAAUGCAAAACCUGCGUGGAAUGUACAGAUCCCUAUGACGAGGACAAAAUGAUGUUCUGCGACCGAUGUGACCGAGGGUAUCACACCUUUUGUGUGGGAUUACGUUGUCUUCCCACAGGUCGAUGGGAGUGUCGCAGUUGCAAGGGUACACCCGUUACACCUAAGUCAAGGAGAGGUCGAGCAGUCCAAACAUGAACAUUGUUAUUUGAUGAGGAGGAUAUCAGAUCUGGGAAAUAUAACGAAUUAAAAAAAAAAUUUAAUACAAAGAAAUAAAGAUAUACUGUGGAAACUGA